AUGAUGCCUAAGCAUUGCUUUCUAGGCUCCCUCGUCAUGCUCCUCCUGACCAGUGCAGCAGGAACUCAGCCAGCCCAUGUAUCUCUGAAGCCUCAGAAGGUCCAAUUUCAGUCCAGAAAUUUCCACAACAUUUUGCACUGGCGACCAGGGAGCUCCCUCGCCAGCAAUGGCAGCGUCUACUUUGUGCAGUACAAAACAUACGGCCAGAGACAAUGGAGAGAUAAAAGGGAGUGCUGGGGCACCGCAGCACUCUUUUGUGACCUAACCAAUGAAACAUCAGACCUGUACGAGCCAUACUACGCAAGGGUGAUGGCAGCCUGGGCUGGAAGCUUCUCCGCAUGGAGCAGGACACCCCGCUUCACCCCGUGGUGGGAAACAAAACUAGAUCCUCCAGUCAUGACUAUAACUCAAGUCAAUGCAUCUUUGCUGGUGUUUCUCCAUGCCCCAGAGUUGCCAUAUAGAAACCAAAAUGGAAAAAAUACAUCUAUGGAAAAUUACUAUGACUUAGCAUACCGAGUUUUCAUAAUUAACAGUGCACUAGAAAAGGAGCAAAAAGCCUACGAAGGGUCUCGGAGAGCUGUUAAACUUGAAGGUCUGGCGCCUCACUCCAGUUACUGCGUAGUGGCUGAAAUGUAUCAGCCCAUGCUGGACAAAAGAAGCCCAAGAAGUGAGGAGAAGUGCGUGAAGAUUCCGUGAACUGGUCUGAGGUGCUCUGCAGCGCAGAAACAAGAGCAUGUUGAGAAACAUGCCCGGAACAGCUUACUAAGCUUUUGUUUCAAUUUUCUUAGAGCAACGCCUACUCACACCUUUCAAAGGUUUCUUUAUCGAUGCUACUUUCUGUUUAUAUUCAGUUAUAAAGCAA